CGCCUUACUUGUGAUAAAAUGUGUGCACGAAAUGCAAGAAGAAAGUGUUUAUACGAAAUUAAUUGCCUCCUACCAGCGUGAGGAUGAUGGUGAAGAAGUUUGCUUAAGCAAUUUAAAUAUUGCACCAGUGGAAGCUACUGCUUUGUUUGAAUUUCUAAGUUACGUAAACAACUUGCACAAGCUUAAUAUGACUAAUUGUGUCAUGGAGCAUUUGGUUUUCCGUGAAUUCACCAAGUUGCUGAUGAAAGAUAAUGAAAACUGCAAACUUACUGAAUUAGACAUAAGCCUAACUAAAUUGACAGAUGAAAAUGCUGAAUGUUUAAGUAAUGCUUUGACGAGUGACAACUGCAAACUUACUGAAUUAGACAUAAGCCGCAAUAAUUUAACACGUGAAGGUGCUAAAUGUUUAAGUGAUGCUCUGAUGAGCGACAAGUGCCAACUUACUAAAUUGGGCAUAGGCCACAAUAAGUUAACACAUAAAAGUGCUAAACAUUUAAGUGAUGCUCUGAUGAGUGACAAGUGCAAACUUACUAAAUUGGGCAUAGGUCACAAUAAGUUAACACAUAAAGGUGCUAAACAUUUAAGUGAUGCUCUGAUGAGUGACAAGUGCAAACUUACUAAAUUGGACAUAAGCUACAAUAAUUUAACACAUGAAGGUGCUAAACAUUUAAGUGAUGCUCUGAUGAAUGACAACUGCAAACUUACUAAAUUAGACAUAAGUGGCAAUUAUUUAAGACAUGAAGGUGCAAAACAUUUAAGUGAUGCUCUGAUGAGUGACAAGUGCAAACUUACUGAAUUAAAUAUAGGUGGCAAUUAUUUAACACUUGAAAAUACAAAACAUUUAAGUGAUGCUCUGAUGAGUGACAACUGCAAACUUACUGAAUUAAACAUAAGCAGCAAUAAUUUAACACAUGAAGGUGCUAAACAUUUAAGUGAUGCUCUGAUGAGUGACAACUGCAAACUUACUGAAUUAAACAUAAGCGACAAUAUUUUAACAAAUGAAUUAGCUGCUAAACAUUUAAGUGAUGCUCUGAUGAGUGAUAAGUGCAAACUUACUCGAUUAGACAUAAGCUACAAUAAUUUAACACAUGAAGGUGCUAAACAUUUAAGUGAUGCUCUGAUGAUAAAUAUAGGUGGCAAUUAUUUAAUAUAUGAAAAUACAAAACAUUUAAGUGAUGCUCUGAGUGACAACUGCAAACUUACUGAAUUAAACAUAAGCAACAAUAAUUUAACAAAUGAAGGUGCUAAACAUUUAAGUGAUGCUCUGAUGAGUGACAAGUGCAAACUUACUAAAUUAGACAUAAGCCACAAUAAGUUAACACAUGAAGGUGCUAAAUAUUUAAGCGAUGCUCUGAUGAGUGACAAGUGCAAACUUACUAAAUUAGACAUAAGCCGCAAUAAUUUAACACAUGAAGGUGCAAAACAUUUAAGUGAUGCUCUGAUGAUAAAUAUAGGUGGCAAUUAUUUAGUAUAUGAAAAUACAAAACAUUUAAGUAAUGCUCUGAUGAGUGACAACUGCAAACUUACUGAAUUAAACAUAAGCAACAAUAAUUUAACACAUGAAGGUGCUAAACAUUUAAGUGAUGCUCUGAUGAGUGACAAGUGCAAACUUACUAAAUUAGACAUAAGCUACAAUAAUUUAACAAAUGAAGGUGCUAAACAUUUAAGCGAUGCUCUGAUGAGUGACAAGUGCAAACUUACUAAAUUAGACAUAAGCCACAAUAAUUUAACACAUGAAGGUGCUAAAUGUUUAAGUGAUGCUCUGACGAGUGACACGUGCAAACUUACUGAAUUAGGGCAUACUUCGAAACCCGGACCGGACUCGGACCCCGACUCGGGCAGGGACUCGAAAUAGAAAAAAAAACGGAUUCGAAACAAAGACUCUGUGUGCGAGAAUGGAAAGGUUUUUUGCAAAGGAUUAACAAUAGUUAUUAACAUGAUAAACGUGUUAAAUAAAAGAAUAAUCACUUAUAGGUAUACUGGAACCAAUUGGAUAUAACAUGCAAUAAUUUAACACAUGAAGGUGCUAAACAUUUAAGUGAUGCUCUGAUGAGUGACAAGUGCAAACUUGCUGAAUUAGAUAUAACAUGCAAUAAUUUAACAGGUGAAGGUGCUAAACGUUUACGUGAUGCCAUGCAUGAACAGUCACAACUGCAAUCUUACGAAAUUACACGCGUAUAGGGACUAAAUACUGCUCUGAAGAGUGACAACUGUGAACUUACCGAAUUAAGAACGAGGAACUGGAAUAUGAACUAAAAACAUGACUGUAUUUAGAGUUGUAUAGCAGAAAUUAAUUUGAGUUAUAUUGAUUGUUUAUAAAACGUAGGAAAAUAGAAAUUGAAAAACAUCGUUGUAUUUAGUGUUGCAUAGUAGAGAUUUGUAACGUACUGUUGGAUUACUAUAAAAUAGAUUUGAGCAAAUGAGAUGUUGGAUUAUAUGACACUUAACCAUGGUUGUAUUUAGAGUUGCAUAGUAGAGGUUUGAGCAAAUGAAAUGUUGGAUUAUAUGUCAUUGAAACAUGGUUGUAUUUAGUGUUGCAUAGUAGAGGUUUGAGUAAAAGAAAUGUUGGAUUAUAUGACAUUGAAACAUGGUUGUAUUUAGUGUUGCAUAGUAGAGGUUUGAGUAAAAGAAAUGUUGGAUUAUAUAUGACAUUGAAACAUGGGUGUAUUUAGUGUUGCAUAGUAGAGGUUUGAGUAAAAGAAAUGUUGGAUUAUAUGACAAUGAAACAUGGUUGUAUUUAGAGUUGCAGUUAAUAAGCCUGGUUUCCAUAUGGUUGCAACUGACAAUGUCGCAAGUUAAUUUCGUACCCUGCAGGGAUCGUUCAAGCAGCUGGCGGCAGUUUUAAAAGACAAACACGGUCCCCCCAAACGGGACAACCCCCCCCCCCUGAUUGUCGCAAAACUGUUGCCACGCUGUCGUUUUCCUGUUUCCAUUGGGGAGCUUAAGCAUGUAGGACGGCAACACGACGACGACGGCAACUAAUACAAAGAUUCAAUGAAAAGAAAUAAAUAAUUAAAGUCCCAGGGGAGUUUCAGACGUAGUCGUCGCUCUGUAUAUACAACAGCAAAUCACAGGUUUUCACGUGUUUUAUGAAACGCCUGCAUUUCAAGCCGUAACAAGUGUAACUUAAAAUUCGGUCCAGUAGAACUCUUUCCAAACAUAAAGCC